AUGCAAGCACUUUGCCGCCUCCGAUUGAGCCCUCCGGGGGCUGCCUUUGGCUGCCGAGCCGCAAGGACUUACCGACUACCUCCGCGAUCACCUCCGAACCACACAUAUCGCGCCCUCGCAACCGCAACCGCAACCGCGAGUUCGCAACAUCGAAAACUCGACCUUGUAGCACUUGACAAGAAAUGGCAAGCAAAAUGGCAAGAAGAAUCAAAGAUCAAACGUGCCGCCGCUUCCAGUGGGAGCGAGCCCGCAGCCCGAGGAGAAGAGAAGCCUAAGUCAUAUAUCCUCUCAAUGUUUCCGUACCCGUCCGGGACGCUGCAUAUGGGUCAUUUACGGGUAUAUACGAUAUCUGACGUGCUGGCACGAUUUUAUCGGAUGCGCGGGCAUGAAGUUUUGCACCCUAUGGGCUGGGAUGCCUUUGGUCUGCCAGCGGAAAAUGCGGCGAUUGAGCGUGGGGUUGAUCCUGCGGGGUGGACGACGGAUAAUAUCAAGAGGAUGAAGGAGCAGCUUCGGAGUAUCUCAACUUCGUUUGACUGGGAUCGGGAGCUUGCGACUUGCGCACCAGAGUUUUACAAACACACCCAACGGGUAUUCUUGAUGCUGUAUGAAAAAGGCCUUGCGUACCAGGCAGAGGCGAUGGUAAACUAUGAUCCGGUUGAUAAGACGGUACUAGCGAAUGAGCAGGUCGACGCAAACGGGUUCUCCUGGCGUUCUGGAGCAAAGGUUGAGAAAAAGUUACUCAAACAAUGGUUCUUUCGCAUUACCGCGUUCAAAGAGCAACUGUUGGAAGAUCUUGACUCGCUUUCUGGUGGCUGGCCUGAGAGGGUGCUCUCUAUGCAGCGGAAUUGGCUGGGCAAAUCGUACGGUGCCAAGAUCAAGUUUCCGCUUGUUGACGAGGGCAGCGAUGGCAGACAUGUUGAUGUCAACGUCUUUACCACGCGGCCAGAUACACUUUACGGAGUCGAGUACAUUGCGCUCUCUCUGGACCAUCCGAUUGUUCUAGAAGCGGCCAAGGAGGAUGAGGGACUGCGGACUUUUCUAUCCGAGGCGGCCAUGUUGCCGCCCGACUCCAAAGUCGGAUACAAGCUAAAAUAUUUUUGUGUCAAUCCUCUGAACAGUAUCGACAAAGAAAGCCCCCAUCUCGCACGUCGGUUACCUGUCUAUGUCGCACCAUACGUACUCAGUGACUACGGCGAGGGAGCCGUGAUGGGAGUACCCGGCCACGAUGCGAGAGACUUUGCAUUCUUCAAGGGGAAUGCGAACCCGCACUCAAUACCAGUCAUACUGGAGGCGGAGCAGCAGUCGGUCUCCGAUCGCGAUCGAACUGCGGCCUAUGUUCCAAUUAACGAAGCCAAGCCAUUUACACAGGAAGGAUUCCUUACCACGAAAUGUGGGAAAUACCACGGUCUCCAUUCUCGCGAAGCCGGGAAGUUGAUCACUGCUGAUCUCAAGGCUACUGGUCGCGCCGAAUUUGUCGAGCAAUGGAGACUAAGGGACUGGCUUAUCAGCCGUCAACGUUACUGGGGAGCCCCGAUUCCAAUCAUCCAUUGCGGCGAUUGCGGUCCUGUACCAGUUCCGGCAGAUCAAUUACCGGUCAAACUACCCGACUUACAGGGUGACUGGCUAAAGGGAAAACGUGGGAACCCUCUCGAGUCUUCUGAAGACUGGAAAAAUUGCAAGUGUCCGAGCUGCGGGGGGGCAGCGAAGCGGGAUACAGACACCAUGGACACUUUUGUGGAUUCCUCAUGGUACUAUCUCCGGUUCCUCGACGCUGCCAAUAAACAGCAGCCAUUCUCGCCUUCACUGGCGCGGCCGGUAGAUGUCUACAUUGGCGGGGUCGAACAUGCAAUCCUGCACCUUCUUUAUGCCCGUUUCAUCUACAAGUUCCUCUCGCAAUCCAAUUUUUUCCCAGAGAUCUUUCACAGCGGUGCGCUAGCGGCGCCAGCAGAGCCGUUCAAGACCCUUCUCUCCCAGGGCAUGGUCCACGGGAAAACGUAUACAGAGCCCUCUACGGGUCGGUUCCUGCUGCCUUCAGAGGUGGACCUUUCCAGCGGGCCGGAUAAGCCACUCAUCAAGGGGACACAGAUCACUCCGAAUGUAUCGUUUGAAAAAAUGUCGAAGAGCAAACAUAAUGGCGUGGAUCCAACAACGUGUGUUUCCAAGUAUGGUGCUGAUGCGACUCGUGCGCAUGUUCUAUUCUCUGCCCCUGUCUCCGAAGUGCUGGAGUGGGAUGAGUCCAAGAUUGUCGGCAUGGAGCGCUGGUUUGCUCGACUCUGGAAGCUUGUCAUGGACACGGAGCAAAGCCUGAGUUCUUCAUCGUACAGAAUUGAGCAAGUCGAUGAUCUUUCGGAUCCGCUGUUACCGAGCUUGAGCGACAAUGAUGCCGAAGCCAUCCUCUCGACUCAUCGUGUUAUCUGCUCCGUCACAAACUGCAUCGAAACGAACCCCUAUGGUCUCAACACUGUCAUUUCUGACUUGACAAAGCUAACAAACACACUCUUGUCCUCACCUCCUACCUCGCCGCAUAUUUCUUAUCUCACUGUUUCAUCCCUCCUCCGCCUUUUGGCCCCCGUCGCCCCGUCAUUGUCAUCCGAGUGUUGGGAAAUACUCCAUUCUUCUCUUGUCCGUGACCGGGAUGAGACGUCGAUUUUCAACUGCCCGUGGCCAGCGCCGCCUUUGACCGUAGAACAGGCCGACGUACUAUCGGCACGCGGAGGACAAGUCGUAGCGGUUCAGGUCAAUGGAAAGCUGCGAUUCACGGUCACGAUUCCAAGAAUGCUUUCGCCAACAACCCCAGAGUCCAGCGUAACAGAGCAGCAAGACUAUAUCAUCACGCGCAUUUUGGAAACCGAACAAGGUCGUCUUUGGCUGCGGGAAAAGAACGAUUGGGAGAAACGCCGGAGAGUCAUCGUAGUCAAGGGCGGGAAAUUGGUGAACAUUGUCUUUUGA